CUCGAUGCGGUGAUGUCGAACUUCAGCUGCUCUGGCGAUCCGAUCACCGUUGCGUGCCUUAACCUCGGAGAAGCGAUUCUCACUAUAGCUAGUAUGCUCACUGUGAUGCUGGUAAUAAUCCUUGGUAAUCUUCUCGUUGUGCUUACCGUAUACCGUGACCGUAAGCUGCGUCUGCAACGGCAGAACUGGCUCAUCAUCUCGCUGGCGCUGGCUGAUUUAUUGGUCGGACUACUUGUUAUGCCGUUAACUCUUAUCUAUGAAAUUAUUGGAGAGUGGAAAAUGGGUAGGUAA